AUGGACUUUCUUUUCUUCAAAAACAGCUUUAGGUAAGUGUGCAUUCUUUUAACCGUCGUCGUGGAAGAUAUUGUAAAUUACACAAUCAUAGCGUGUCAUGCAAGUUUCUGCAAUUUGUGACGUUGUUUUUAUACAUGUUAAAAUGCUGGAUAGUUUAGGUAUUAUUGUAUACUUACUGUAACUUACAUGUUGUAUUGUUGUGGAAGAACAGUAAUGCAGAAUCAUAAAACUGCCUUCAGGACUUUUGCUAUAUGUGACCCUGUCUGUGAAAACCCAGCUAGUCAUUUUUUUGUGAUUGACUUUUUUAAUCAUUCUACAAAAUGUAAAGAACAUUCUGUGAAAAUAUAACAUUGAUAUGUUUAAUAUUGACUGAGUAAAAGACUAUGUCAAAGAUUUUAAUUAUUGUAAAAUUAACAAGUAAAAUGAAUUUUUAAUGCAUGUUUUCUCAAAAUUUGAUUUUCCAACUUUAGCCUGGUUUCCACAAGCAGGGUCACACAUGCUAAAAUAAAAGAAAUGACAUUUUGUGUAAUUGAUGAAUUUAUUGUCCAGAUAAAUGACAUGACGGGCUUCAGGGAGAUGUUACGGGUGAAUGUAGAUGAUUUCUAUGAGUUACUGUCCAUCGUUGAGCCAUGGUAUCACCAAAACGAACACAGUCAUGAGGAAGAGCAUCAGUGCCAAAGAAAGACUAUCCAUGACAUUAUGGUUUCUGGCCACAGGCGAGUCUUUUAAGUUACUUGGGUUUCAGUUUCGCUUGGGAAGCACAACCAUUGGCAAAAUUGUGGAAGAAACGUGAAGUUCUACAUAAUGUUAUGAAGGAUGAUUAUUUGAAGACACCAACUUCUGAAGGACAGUGGCGCAAAAUUGCUGAACAGUUUUACAUAAAGUGGCAAUUCCCUCAUUGCCUUGGCGCAAUAGAUGGAAAGCACAUAUUCAUUCAACCACCAGCCAACAGCGGCAGCACAUUCUACAAUUACAAGUCCCGUUUUUCCAUCCUGUUGAUGGCUGUAGUGGAUGCCAAUUACAGAUUUAUUUACACAAAUGUGGGAGUUCAAGGCAGAGUUUCAGAUGCAGGUUUAUUUGCACAAUCUGACUUGCGAGCUGCCUUGGAUGACAGAAAAUUAAACAUUCUUCCUGCUGAGGCUCUACCAAACACCAACAUCAUCAUGCCAUACGCUUUCGUUGGAGAUGAGGCUUACCCGUUGAGAAAUGACCUGCUAAAGCCGUACCCUCACAGACAACUACAGCCUGAGCAACGCAUUUUCAACUAUAGACUAUCCCGUGCAAGACGUGUUGUGGAAAAUGCUUUUGGAAUUCUUGCAAACCGCCUCAGGGUGUUUCGCACAACCAUCUGCCUUAAUCCCGACAAAGCAGUGAAAGUCACUUUGGCUGCACUGUGCCUUCACAACUUCUUACAUAACAAACAAUCAGAUGCCAACCUUCCACCUGGCUACACGGACUGGGAGGAUGAAAACCAUCAGCUUCACGAUGGGGCAUGGAGACAAGAGAGAACCCUGCAGUCAGUUAACAUGGGAGGAGGAAAAAACCCAACAAUAGCUGCCAAAGAGCAACGUGACUGUCUUAAAGAAUACUUUGUCUCCCCAGAUGGCUGUGUACCAUGGCAAGAUCAGUUUGUGUAAUGUUUGUAAACUAAAAAAACACUUCACUGUCAAUGUUUUCUGUAAUCUCAUUUUUAUUAUUAGCAGCAUGUUCUAUAAAACAUGUAACAUUAAUGUGUUAAAUGUUAAUACAUCAAAUUUGAAGUAGUGAAACAAAAAUAUAUGAAAGAUGACAAAUUGCAAUAAUUCAAACAUACAGAACUCAAAGUAAAUAAAAU